UAGCUAUUUGUAUGCUAAUUGUUAUUUGAUUGGUAUUUUUAUUUCUUAGGUACCUUUUUGGGAUUUCGGUUCAUGGAGAUAUGUUAUUAUUUAUUUUUGUAGUUAUAUUAAAGAUGUGUACCAAAUACUUCUAGAGUUUUCCUAAAAUUACAAAUACAAACCUUUUUUAAAAAUAAGUGUAAACAUGAGUUACUCGUCAUCAAAUACUGAAAAUGCAGGCGUAUAUGAACUUAUCACGAAAUUGUGCGAGAAAAUGGCUGAAAAAUAUUGUGAUAAUAGUAGGUUGUCGGUGAAGCUCUUGACAUCAAAAUUAAGGGCACAAUCAUAUGAAGUUAUUUUAAAAAGGUCUUCUACUAAAGCUUCCACACCUAAGUCUGAUCCUAUUAAAGAUUUACUGUCUCACCAAUUUGUAUCACAACUUACCGUUAAAAAUGUUGCUGAAUAUAAGCGUUCUAUUGCUCUAAAAAAAAUAAUAAUCAAUAUACGUAAACAAGAUUUUGGCGAAAAGAAAGAUCAAGUCAAUAAUGUUCUUAGAUUAUUAAUUGGACUUCAAAAUUCUAUAAAUGAAGAUUUAUCGAGUGAAAUGUUUCAGAAUCCAUUUUCAUUUGGUCUAUUUGAUGAAAUGCUACCAAAACCGAAGAGAGAGAUUUUUGGAUCACCCCAGCCAUAUGCAUAUUUUCCAAAACAUGUAUUUGAACUACCAUAUUCAUUGAAACAUCAAGAAAAUAUUAUGGAUAAAAAAAAAUGCUACACUGAGUAUACAGUUGAAAGUUUUGAUUCACGAUCAUUUAUUCCUGAUAUUCAAUCUCAAAAAGGCAUAGAUGAUAUGAAGUCAUUCCAGAGUCCCAUGUCAAUAGCAUCUAUGACAUCUACAGCUCUAUCUUCAUAUACAGAAAGUACAAUAAUCAACUGUCCUAGAUUGACAGCUCCGAGAGAUCUUCACAUACCAAAAUCUGAAUAUACAGAUGUUAAGGUUUCCUUAGUAAGUACAAGUGUAAAAUCAGAAGUACCAGAUGUGUUUCAAGUCAAGAGGGAUGACUCAAUGGAUAUAUGGGAGAUUGUAACACAAAUAGAUAAAGAUAUACCAGAAGAUAUUUGGGAAGUAGUAUCUAAGAUGCCUUUAGUCAAAGAAAGACAGCUGAUAGCCUCUUCUUCAAGAGAAAUGUGUCUAUGGAGAAGUAUCUAUGGCAGCGAAUUAUCAGAUCUUAACAUUAUUUCAGAAAGACAAUUUAUAAGGCAUAUCAUGUAUUUAAUUAUUGGUGUAGAAACAAAUUCUUUUCCAUUUAGCGAAGCAUCAAAUUGUUUUUACAUUAAAGACAAUUUGGUCCUAGAGGCAAUAUCCAAGGAACAUUUAAGAGGAUACAUUGCACCUUUGUUAUUAGUAGGCACAUAUUAUAGACGACUUUACAAUUUUGCUUUUAAUCUUACUGCUGAGGAUCACUUUCAUACUAAAGGACUUGUUUUUGAAGCUGCGAGAGAAGUGAUAAGAAGAUACUUGUUAGAAUUUCGUUUAACUGCAACGGAAAUAUAUGAAGAGUAUUGUAAAAAUAACGCAGAGGAGCUGAAUUGUAUGCCGACGCUAUUGCAGAUCUUGCAUCAUAUGGAACCAUUGAAUUAUGAGAUUGAAACUAUUGCAUCAAUAUAUAAAAUGGUCGAUGCAGAUUCAACUUCAAUACCAUACGGUGCUGAACUAAUGUCAUAUCUGUUCAAUGAAAUAUCCCUCGUGACACAUAGGAAGACAGCUCUUACUCUGUUCAAUUCGUUGUUUAGUAUCUGCAGGGUUUAUUUUAAAUUCAUAGAACGUUUUAUAUUCGAAGGUGAAUUGGAUGAUAUUUUUAAUGAAUUCUUCAUAAGGAAGGACAAUCAGUAUGUGAAUUCACGUUCGAAACGUUACUGGGACAAAGGAUUUCAUAUAAUGCUAAGUGUAGCGGUGCCUGAUUUUCUGAGACCUCUAGCAACGUUUAUAUUGCUAUGCGGAAAGUCACUGCGACUAUUGAAGCUUUGUAAUCCUAGUGAUCCUCUGGUCUUACUGAUAUCGUCUGACCACCCUUCAGUCCGCUGUUGUGCCAGUUUUGAGCAGCUGGAACGUCAACAGGAAAUUCUCGAUGUGUAUCGUACGCGCUGCUUGUUCGUUAGCGGCGAAACGGUUACCUUUGAACAGAUAUUGCUCAAAAGAGAAGCGGAAAGGAAAGCUUUUACCGAAAUGGCGUCUUUGAAACAGGCUGAAACUAUGGAAAAGAUUGUUGCUGAACGAAAAAGACUAGCCCAAUUGAUAAUAGCGGAAAAGCAGCAUUCGUUGAGGAUCUUGGAAGCGGCGAUGGCUGAAGCGAAAGCCAGUAAAACUAAGGGCAAAAAGCGUCAAGGAAAACUUUGUAAAUUAGAAGAAGCCGCUGAAAAGGCUACCGAGGAAGUGGAUUCGAAACUAAGAGACGAUGAAAAGAGUAAGAUAAUGGAAUACUAUUCAAAGUUGAACAUGGAAGUGGAGAAGAGUAAGAUACACACAGAGUGGAAGAUAAAACGUCUGCAACUAGACCAAAGUCGGAUGCAACUCCUCUCUACAGAGGAGAGAAAUUUGAAGAGAGAAAAGUUGGAAUUGGAACAUCAACGCAAUGAAAUUAUGGCGAUGUCCAUACAGAGUGAUUUUAAAUCGGACGAUGAUCUUGAUACUGUUGACAAUAAUAAUGGUGACAUGGAAAAUAACUCUACGGCUGGUUCAACACCUUCUGCUGAUAUAAUUGAAGAGCCCGAAAGUUCUGCAGUCUCAGAAUUCAAUAGGAACAGGGAAAAAACACAAAAUUCAUCAGACGUUUUUAACGCUAUUUGUAACGUCGCUAAGAGUAUUUUUGGCGUGUCAAAAUCAAAAGCAAGUUCACCCUGUGAUAAUGAAGUAGAAGUUGACAUUCAAGGAAAUGUUGUGAAUGCUGUCACGGAAAUACACCAUAAAACAAAAGCGGAUCAAACAUCUAACGACGUGAUUGGAGCGAACUUAGAUAAUGCAAUCGAUAAUUUAAGAUUUCUCGAAAGCAAACAAGAGGCUUUAAAAAAUAAACAAAAAGUUAUGGCUCAUGAGUUUGGACAAAUAGACAACGAGAAUAAUCAAAAAGACAUAUCGCCUACUAUAAAUUAUCCAUCACUCGAUGAAGAAAAUAAUGAAAAGUUUUUGACACCAAAUGCUGAAGCUAAAAGAAACAAGCAAAAAGUGUUAGGCGCUGAAUUUGGAAUGGUUAAGCAAGAAGUCAAAGAGAUUGUAACGGAACCACGAAACGAAGCACAAAAAGAAGCCCUCAUUAACAAACAAAAAGUAUUAGGUGUUGAAUACAAUCUUCCAUUCGAAAAUAUCCCUAAAAAGGAACCAGCCAAUGUAGCCCAGGAAGAGGCGAUACGUAACAAGAAUAGAAAUCUUGGUUCAAAUUACGAAAGAACUAUGAAAAUUGUAGCAAAAUUUGAUGCUGCUAAAAAGUCGGCUCUGAGGUUAAACUUAAAACCAUACAGUGAUACUAUAGUUACAAAAACGUCUAGUGUUACACCAAAUACAGGGGCGAUAACUCCAGGUGAAUUAUUUCCAGGGCUUGAUCUUGAAACUCCUACAACUGCAGAAAUGCCCUUGGAUGGAGCAAUGACAAGUGAAAUAUUUACACCGCGCAGUGAAGGUAACAAAGACCCGGAUUCAGCCAAAGUUAAACCCGACAAAGAGUUUUUGACAUCACAAGGGUUUAAUUUUUCUUUGAUCGUAGAAGAUGAUACUGUGGUGUCGGAAGACAUAAGUGACGCUCAAACAGAAGUGAGCCCUGAAAAUUCACCUUUAAAAAGCGUUGAUUUCUGUAAUCCUAUAUCCAGUAAACGAUCACUGUUUAAUAUAAUAGAUGGUUCGUACAGUUUAGAAUCAUUUGAUCCAUUUGGUGUGAAACAACUGCAAAACUAUUCUAAGGAUUAUUUUAAUAAUAAAAUAAAUGAAGAUAGUAAUUCUAUAUAUACUCAUCCAGCUGUCCUUAUGGAGGAAGUAAAGAAAAGGCCUUACAAUAACAUUUUCAUGUCACAUUGCGAUCAUGAAGAGGAAGAUCAGAAAAUAUCCUGUGAUAAUAUAGCAACACUGACAGCUUGCUUGCAAAGAUCAGUAAUGUUGCCAUUGACAUAUCAAUUGGAAGUCGUCAAUAAUUCGAUUCUAACACAUUUUCUUGUCAACUUAGACAUGUAUGAACAUUUAAGGAGUUUAAAGGAUUACUUUUUCUUAAUGGACGGAGAAUUUUCUAGAAGUAUCUGCCAUAAUUUGUUUGCAAAGUUAACAAAAACUUUGAACCCGCAAGAGCUGUUGAAUUUCGCCACUUUACAUAAUAUUUUAGAUAAGGCUCUAGGGUCAUCGAUUUCACAUGUUCACAAAUUUUCUGAAAACUUAUCAUUUACGAUUACGGAAUCACCCUUAAGUUUUCAACAUAGUUCACCGGAUGUGUUACAAUGUCUCUCUCUAACGUACUCCGUGAGCUGGCCGCUGAACAUCAUACUGUCGCAGGAAGCGUUGCAGCGGUACGCCAAGGUGUUCCAGUUUCUGAUCAAAAUGAGGCGAAUAUUUUGGGUUUUGAGUGAGGAUUUUGUGGCUCUUAAACUCACAGCGAAAUUAUCAAGAGAGCAUUCACGUAAACUCCUAAAGUCCUCUCAGUACAUAUCAGUGCAAAUAUACAGACAUAAUAUGGCAUCUUUAAUAAGGGCAUUGGACAAUUACAUUGUGACGACAUGCAUUCUCACAUCCUGGACGGAAUUCGAGAAAGAUCUUAAGAAAGCAAAAACGUUGGAUGACCUUUACGAAUGUCACGUGGUGUAUAUAAAGAAAGUGCUCUUUAGAUGCCUUUUGAAUAAUAGAUCGACGCCCGUUAUGAAACUAUUGAACGAUAUUUUCACUGUUAUAUUAAAAUUUAAUCGUGUUUUAAAAGCGGGAGAAUGGCGACAAAACGCGCCGAACAGCUGUUUCACGCACACAAGUUACGUUCAAUUGGAAGAACUUUUCCAUUUGUUCGAAAAACUUGCAAAGUAUUUGCACAAAGUCAUUACAAAAUUAAUGGAAUGCGGUUACCAGAGGCAUUUGGUUGAAUUACUGACUAUGGUUAACUUAAAUGGUUAUUAUGAUCCUGAUAGGUCGAAGGAAGACACUAAUAUUAGUUUGCAGUCUACAUAAAAACUUUUGGGAAAAUGUAAAUCAUAUAUUCAUCUUUAUACAAUAGUUAUAUAAUUCCUCGAUAAAUAAUUACCAGACAAAUUUUCAUUUUGUUACAUAAAUAUCAUUUGACAAAUAAUUAUGUUGGUUAGGUUUAGUUAGAACAUAUCAAUUUUUUAAAUUAAACAUUAACAUAGAGUGCAUUUGCAAAAAAAAAAAAAAACAUUGCGAAUUGAGUGUUUGUCAAAUGAUCUUUUAUAGAACGAAUAAAGAUGUUUGUCACCUGAAUCGUUUCUGAAAUGUUUUUUGUAUGAGCUUUUUAGUUUCUUAAGAAUGUGUCACUUUGUCUAUGGUGUGCUGGGAUAGUGAUAUUCUUCAAGUCAUAGAUAAGAUAACCCGUAUAACAUGAUAUAUAUGUAUAUGACACCAGUCAGUAAGAGUUUUAAAUUAUUAAUACUAUAGUAUUAGUGUAAUAAUUCGAUAGUUAGAAGAAUGUGUUUGUUUUAAAAACUGCUUGAUUAAGAUAUUAUAACUUAUCUUGUUACAUUUUUGUGCCUUAGAUUGUGUUAUAUAGUGGAAAUUUUUUAAUUAUAAUUUGUAACAUAUGUAUGAUUUUUCAAUGAAAUCAUGAUAACAUUUUUUAUAACUAUCAAGAUAAGUAUUUAGGUAUUUUAUUUAUAUGUUGGAUAAUUAAAAGAUAGUUACUAUGAAUAUCAUAAUAGCUUUAAAAAAACGAAAUUGAACUUUAUUAUUAUAGUAAUUAAAGUCUAUAAAUGAAUGCAAUCAGUCGAGAUAGAAUUUUGAAUACUAUUUUUUAUGUAUUGUCAUUGUUGUUGCCAUUAGUUCUGGAUGGAAUAUGAUGUCAACCAAGAAGUUGUAUAUAGUUUUUCGUCACCAUAAAGUAAAUUUAGCUUAUUGACGUAUAAUAUAUUCAUUUUCAUAUUAUGUGAUAUAUUUCCCACCAAUUAUAAUCAUUGAAAAUGUGUUUGUUGAUAAAUGUCGUUUUUUGUAUUGUAUGUUUAAAUAAUAAUUUUACUUUUUUAUAUUCGAAGCACAAUUACUAUUAAUUCUAAUCUCAUUGUUAUUUUAUAGACCUGCUUUUAACAGCAAUUUAAUUAUAAUACUCAAACUAUUUUAGCCAU